UCAAUGCCUCAGUGUUGGAGCUCCUCACAUACAGACACCAUCACACUGAGCUAUGGAGAAGUUUGUGCUCGCACUGAUUUGCCUGCUGAAUGUUCUGGUGUGUUUUGGUACCGGUCAGCACCAUUUACGCGCAGGUGUCGGACCGUGGAGACAGCGGUUUCAGUGGGAGAAUAACGGCCAGGUGUACAGUUUACUGAGCACGGGCACUCAAUAUCGCCCACCUGCGCAGAGCAGAAGACGCACUCAGCUUUUAUUGACAACAAAAAACAAUUUUAACCGACAUCACCCUCCUGUUGCGCUGAGAUCCACCAGAACCAGAUCUGGAGAGCUCGAGGACGUACCCGGGGGUCACUUUCAACAAAAUGACCUCACUCAGAUGGAUGCGUCGGUUCUUGGUGUUGAUGCUGGUCAGUAUUUACUCGCCCCGGGACGACCUGGGGCACGUCAGUCCCCACCGCGCAUCGCAACGUCUAGAGAGGCUGUGGCUGUGGGAUACCCUUCUCAUCAGGCACCGUUUAAUGGCAGCGCUGCAGCUUUCACCACCACCCAGGAGUUCUCCGGCAGUGGAGUCCCUCGAGGAGGCCGGAGUACACCUGGACAUGGUGCGCAACAGGCCACAGCGUCACCAGUAAGAUCACCGGACUUUACGCACAGCCGAGGCGGCAGGAUAAACUCACAAUCACCUGCCCGGUCACCUGCUGCAGGUGGAUGGGUCCCCAUGGCUGAGGAUAGUGGGAAUGCUCGGCGCAUUCCACAGCAAACACAUUUAGGAGACGCUCGCAGUGCGCAAAGAGCGCAAUCACUGACCAGAAUCACACCGGAGUCAAACGUUUCUCCCACAGCACUGUCCAGUAACUCCGUAGAAAUACACUUCUCACGCCCAAGGUCUGAUGCAACAGGGACUACGGACAUGGGUGACCCACGGGACCCGCACAGCAUUCAUCACAGGAACUCAGUUUUCUAUAAUGUUUACCCACCAGACCGCAGGAACAGGAUGAAUGUGCGCCCUCCACCAGGACCGGGAUAUGGCACCAGGUUCUUCCACAAUGGUCUCCCAGACUUGGUUCCUGACCCUUACUACAUCCAAGCUGCCUCUUACAUCCAGAGAGUGCAGAUGUACGCGCUUCGCUGUGCUGCUGAAGAGAACUGUCUUUCCAGGUCUGCGUAUCAUCCGAGUGUGAGGGACCUGGACUACAGAGUCCUGCUGCGGUUCCCACAGCGUGUGAAGAACCAAGGAACAGCAGACUUCCUCCCAGUGAAGCCCAGACAUGAGUGGGAAUGGCACAGCUGUCACCAGCAUUACCACAGCAUGGAGGCCUUUAGUAACUAUGACUUGCUGGAUGUCUCGACUGGACAGAAGGUCGCUGAGGGACAUAAGGCCAGUUUCUGUCUGGAGGACACGUCCUGUGACCCGGGGAUACAACGACGCUUCGCCUGCACUGCUCACACACAGGGGCUCGGCCCUGGUUGCUACGACACGUAUCACGCCAACAUCGACUGCCAGUGGAUCGACAUCACAGAUGUACCACCUGGAAACUACAUACUGAAGGUGACAGUGAACCCGUCUCAGUUGGUUCCAGAGUCAGAUUUCUCCAACAAUGAGGUGCGCUGCGACAUCAGGUACACAGGAAGCUACGUCCAGGCGAAGAACUGCAGGAUCACUGUAAGCUGACCUGACUGAAGACAAAAUAAGUCUCAUAGAAACAUACACUUAUUACCUUCUUGUUGCUUUAUAUCAACAGUUGCUGCUCUGUUGUGCAGCUGUUUUACUCUCCAGUGUUUUCUAUUUGUAUUUAUGUCAUGUGAUAUCUUGUAGCUACAACUAGGCUAACUAGGUGUUAACUUAUGUUGUUUGUAAGAAUAUACUUUUUUAAGCAAUGCAAGACUCUUCUGUUAGCUGUGUGUGUGUGUGUGUGUGUGUGUGUGUGUGUGUGUGUGUGUGUGUGUGUGUGCAGGAAACUUGAGGAAAGUGUGUUAACAAAUAGAAAGAAAACAAGUUAUUGUUAACGGAAUACUUUACCCGCUAAAUGAUCAUUUAUAUAUCAGUUACUCACCCUGUGUUAUGCUGAGUUCGGAUAGGAAACCUUGUUUUUCUCGCAUGCCUCCACGGUGAACGAAGAAUCCAAAAACAGAAAAUUCUUGAUGAUUUUAAUAACAGCAACACUAUAUCAAAACAUCCAUAUAAACUUUCAGACAACUCGUGCAGUAUAAUCCAAGACUCAUUUAUCCAGUCAUAUGCUCAGUGCUUCCCAUACACAUGCAUUUUUAGCUGAAGUCUUAAUAUUUGAAACACAAUGUCCUGUGAGAACUUCUCCAUGUUUUUAGCUACGACCCAGAUUUUCAACGGCUUUUCACCAAACCUCCGGGAACUGUUGACCUAGUGGGUGGAAAAUAGUAGGUAAAGUUAGCUAACGUUAGCUAGUAACAUUAGCCUGAUGUGAGCAGUACAUAUACGUAGCCUAACCCUGUGCGCUUAAUUAUCAACGCGCCUUGUAAGGUUAGCAACGUUAAGAGGCCUGGAGGACGUGGUCAUUUGUAACGAUGAUCGUGUCAGCACUGAUAUAUGCAAAUCUGUCAAGUUUCAGGAAAAUCCCUUUUCCUCGUCUUGUAUGGGUCACAUACGACAUGUGUUUCAAUUUUCUGAUACUGCCUGCAGGUAUCAAUCAAUCAAUCAAUCAAUCAAUUUUAUUUAUACAGCCCAAUAUCACAAAUCACAAUUUGCCUCACAGGGCUUUACAGCAUACGACAUCCCUCUGUCCUUAUGACCCUCGCAGCGGAUAAGGAAAAACUCCCCCAAAAAAACCCUUUAACGGGGAAAAAAAAACGGUAGAAACCUCAGGAAGAGCAACUGAGGAGGGAUCCCUCUUCCAAGACGGACAGACGUGCAAUAGAUGUCGUACAGAACAGAUCAGCAUAACAAAUUAACAGUAAUCCACAUGACACAAUGAGACAGAGAGAGAGAGAGAGAGAGAGAGAGAGAUGCAGGUAAUGACAGUAGCUUACAACAACAUUAUUGAAAGUAAUAAUAUUAUAGUUAUAGUUCUGGCUACUGUGGUACAAUAUGUUGAAAGUAUGUAUUAAUAUCUGGCAGUAUACAUGUGUGACAAUAGUCGUGUAUAAUAACAGUAGAAGUAUGACUAAUGACUAAUGAUGGCAGCAGCAGCAGGAGGCAUCUGGCAGGACCACGGCAGCAGCACAACCACACACGUCACGCUGUCCAGGCACCGCUGCGAUAUGAGUUAAUCUGAGAGACAGUGGAGCACAAAGGCUCCGGAGAAGAAGCCGAGUUAGUGACAUCCAGAAUGGUCGAGUUAGCAAGAUGCAGUAAUAGAAUACGAGAGAGAGAGAGAGAGAGAGAGAGAGAGAGAAGAAGAAGAAGAGAAGGUGCCCGGUGUAUUAUAGGGGGGUCCUCCGGCAGACUAGGCCUAAAUCAGCCUAACUAGGGGCUGGUACAGGGCAAGCCUGAGCCAGCCCUAACUAUAAGCUUUAUCAAAGAGAAAAGUCUUAAGUCUAGUCUUAAAUAAGGUAUCAUCCAACCUUUUAUGCAAUCACGUUUCUCUAUAUCCGAUUCACGCAGCAUCUACAAUUUUGCUCUUGGAUAAUGGUCACAUGAUGCAAACAAGCUAUUCAUCAAGAAUUUUCUCAGCUUUGGAUUCUUCACUUAUCGUGGAGGUGUGUGAGAAAAACAAAGUUUUCUUCCUGAAUUCAGCCUAUCAUGGUGUAAUUGAUAUAAUGAUAUUGGGGGGUGAAGAAUUCCUUUAAGGCAGUGGUUCCCAACUGGUGGGUCGCGGUCCAAAAGUGGGUGACUUGCAAAGAUGUCAAGUUUGUAAAAAGAAAAAAACAUUUUUGCAUUGUUGAAGUGCUGUUUCCUGCUGUCGAGUGAAUAACAGACAGCUACUAGACAGAGAUGGCAACCUUGCUCGACGACAUGGCCAAAUGCAAGUAUAAUGCUGAAUAUAUUUUAACUGUGUGGACCUUGAACUAAUGACAAAGGAGAAAUCUGGACCUUUUGGCCGGACUAGUUGGGAGCCACUGCUUUAAGGAAGCUUUGUAAAUUCAUUCAGUUGUACUGUUCGACUGAAUUGGUGCUUAUCUUGAAGUCAACAAUGGUGCUCAGCAUUUUGUGUUGUCAGUGAGACCCUCAGUCUAUUAUCGACCACAUACUGGAGUGUAAGACUUAC